CAGUUCAUGAUUAUGUGUCACUGUGUGUGUUAGUUGUUUCGACGUUUCUGUUUCGUUAUGGCGAGACUCCCAUUAAAAAGAAUACAGUGUCCUCAAUUGCAUUGACAUUUUAUUUAAAAAUCGCCAAAUCACUAACACAAACAGCAUCAGUUGCAUUCUGUCUAUUAUCAAUUUUGUGUCGCCAAAGUUUCGUUCCGGUUGUUUCCCUCAUUACUCCCCUCGCAACCCCUCCGAAUUCCCUCUAUUUUUUUUUGACGAUUUGUCAGUAUUAGAAAAUGAUCCGGUAAAUUUCUAAACGAGUGAAAAAAAUUUAAAAAAACAUCCCAAGGUUUUUGUUUAAUAAAGUACAAUUUCCACUUGUCCUAUUCAAGUGUCUCUCUGUUUUAUCAAAAAAGUGGAAUUUAUCGGAUAAGAAAAUUUUCGUGUCUUGUAUAUAUAUAUACACAUAUAUAUGUACAGAAAGUGAGAACUCGCGAUCAGCCAUCUUUUUCGGCAAUAUUUUUUUGUUUUUUUGGGGGGGAAGGUGACAAUUUUUGUAUGUUUUGUGCUCCUAUUUUGUGAAUGAAGAAAGAAGAGAUAAUUUUUGACAAGUGGGGGAAUAAAAAUGAAUUCGUGAUAUCUAUUUUUCUGCCUAUCUCUGAUCAUUUAAUCGACGAUCAUGUUUGGUGAAUAAAAUCGCGAGUGUGUGAGUAUUUUUUUGUACAUAUAUAUGUUUGUAUGUAUGUAUGUACAUAUAUAUAUAAAAGGUUAUAAAAUAAAAAAAGGGAACAAGCAGCUGUGUUUUAAAAAGUGAAAUUUUCGAGUCCAAUUGGAUUUGAAGGGAGAUAACGAAUGAUAUUUUGGGAGUAAUUAUCGGGAAUUAUGUGUUUCAAGUGAAAAAAGACGAAAGAGAUAAAAGUUAAUUGUAUUUUUUCUCCUCUCGUUUUAGUGGUGAGAGAUUUCUUUUUUUUCGGUGGCGAGUGUCAAAAAAAGAGAAAUAAAGGGAAAGAUUCGCCGAUCAUUAGAAUAUGGCGGUGAAUCCAAGGGACAUGGAUGGCUUUUUGCCACUCCUGUCGGAGACGGACAUUAAAAAGAAACUCCACGUGGGUACACUCCUCUUCAAUUACCUCGGGAAUCCGCUGAAGAGUAUUGAAUGUCAGGACAUUGGAUUGUUUAUUGACAAUAUCGUCCCGUGGCUCAACAAUGGCAGUCCAAAAGUUGUACAAAAUGGAUUGGAAAUACUAACAUUCCUCGCUGAUCGAAUGGGAACUGAUUUUAAACCUUACAUUUCAUCAGUAAUACCGGCGACAAUUGAUAAAUUGGGCGAUAGCAAAGAUCAAACUAGAGAAAAAGCUCAAUUGGUAAUUUUGAAAAUAUUGGAAAAAGGAAGUAUGACACCACAACAAUUAGUCGAUCGGCUGCAACCAGCAUUUGGUCACAAAAAUGCGAAAUUAAGAGAAGAUGCGAUGAUUCUCUUAACAACUGCACUCAACGAACAUGGUGCAGAUGAAAUGGCACUUGCCGGGGUGAUACCAAGUAUGGUGAAAUUGUUAUCAGAUCCAACGGAAAAAGUCAGGGAAACAGCAUUAAAUACGUUGACAGAUUUUUAUCGACACGUUGGCGAACGUUUGCGAGCUGAUCUUCAAAGGAAACACAACGUACCACCAUCUAAAUGGGCCCUGCUGGCAGAAAGAUUCGAUCAACUGAAAGCCGCUGGCGAUCUGCUACCUUCGGCAAUGUCUGCAGACGUGGGAAAAGAAUCGGACGAACCUGACAGAGUGAUACGAUCGGCGCCUGUCAAGAAAGUUACUUCUAGUCUUUUGCAAAAAAGAAGUCAGUUUGGACCCGCGAAGCAAGUGCUUUCAGUGCCAGAUACGAACAGUCACGAUGCAAUUUCGAAGCCGACGGGUGUCAAAAGAAUCCCGUCAAUAAAACCACCAUCAGGGCAAGCAGGAGCAGUGGAUGAAGAUACAUUUAUAAAAGCCUUCGACGACGUUCCCGAUGUGACAAUAUUUUCAGCUAAAAAUCUCGAGGAACAAAUGAAAGUUAUAAAAGAUAUCGUCGGGGACGAGAAAAAAGACUGGAAACUUAGAGCUGACACUAUGAAGAAAUUGCGAGGAAUUAUAAUUGCCGGCGGACCGAAUUAUGAAAAUUUUGCCGAGUGCUUGAAGAAUAUGCAACGCGCAUUUGACACUGCCUGCAUGGAUUUGAGGUCGCAAGUUGUACGCGAGGCGGCAAUUACAAUGGCCUUUUUGAGUCAACAAUUGAAAAACAAAUUCGCCUCAUUCGCUGAAGCCGUUCUGCUCACACUUAUGAAUCUCAUUCAAAACAGUGCCAAAGUUGUAGCCUCGGCGGGUGCAGUCGCGGUCCGAUUCAUUCUCCAACAUACACACGGCAGCCGUUUAAUUCCAAUUAUCACGACGUGUGUGAAUCACAAGAGCAAAGAAAUUCGUCGCGCGUCGUGUGAAUAUUUGAAUCUUAUACUGAAAUCAUGGCCCCAACAACUGUUGAUGAGGCACGUGAAUAUUCUUCAGGACUCAAUCAAAAAAGGAAUUGCCGAUUCAGAUCCAGAAGCUCGUUGUUUCGCUCGAAGUUCCUACUGGGCGUUUAAGGAUCUAUUUCCCGAGCAGGCGGAGGUUUUGUUAAACAGUCUGGAUGCCACGUACAAAAGAUCAUUGAUGUCGUUGAGUAACAGUGGCAGUAUAAACAGUUUGAACGCAGUGGCGAGAACGACGAGCGUCAGUCCACGAGCCUCGAGGCCCGCUUUGAGCGCCGCAGGCCGAAUUACACCAGUCGGACGGUCAACGAGUGCUAUUGAUCAUCAAGCUGCUCAGAGGGCAAAAGCCAGAAUGCUCUAUGCGAGCAUUAAUCGACAAAAAGCCACAUUACCGCGACAAAGUAAAUCGCCUGAUUAUGGAGUUGUCGCGAGUCCGGAGAGAGUGGCGAGGACGAGGACAAGAGUUGCUGGCGUUUCGCAGUCACAACCGAGCAGCAGAUCAGGUUCGCCUUCGUCGAGACUCAGUUACGCGACGUACAAUCGUGAAGGUGAAUCUCUCGUUCCACGUCCUAGGAAACUGUCGAGUCAGGGCGUUGGGAGUACGGGAAACAGUCGUGAACCUAGUCCACAGCGUUUUGGAAUUGAGAGGAAUUUCGGCUCAAAACUAAGAGGGAGAAAUUUACACACGUCGCCGACGGACAGGCCACCCUCGAGGCCAGUUAUGGCGCAAAAAAUGUUACAACAAUCGAGAGAAGCCGAGUCAGCAUUGGCCGACGCUUUAACAUUUAAUAGUAUAGAUAAUUACAAUAGAACACCAAAAGGAAAAGGCGAUCACAGCGACGACAGCGAGACGAGCAGUAUCUGCUCGGAGUACAGUUUGGACAGUUCACGACGACCUAGUGACUCUUUCUCGUGGAGCGGCUCGCAACAGAGACUCUAUCGAGAUUUAUGGGAUCAAUCAGUCCCGAAGGAUAUUAAGGAAAUAAUAGAGAACUGCAGCCGAAAGCAUUGGAGUGACAGGAAGGAGGGUCUCGUUGGUCUUCAGCAUUUUCUCUCCAAUGGCCAAACAUUGUCGGGCUCGGAAUUGAGGAAAAUAACUGACAUUUUUUCAAAAAUGUUUAUGGACUCGCACACAAAAGUAUUUAGCCUAUUUUUGGAUACACUCAAUGAAUUAAUUGUCACGCAUAAAGAGGACUUGGGCGACUGGCUCUACGUUCUUUGCGCUCGACUUCUCAAUAAAUUGGGCACCGACCUCCUCGGCUCGGUGCACGCCAAAAUUCACAAGACUCUCGAUAUCGUUCGGGAGUCGUUCACUGGAGAGCAACUGUUGCCGGCUGUGAUGCGUUUCAUAACGGAUCCGACGCAAACGCCGAAUUCGCGAGUAAAAGUGGCGACAUUGACGUUCCUCACCCAGAUCACGGAAACAUCGGUGCCGUCGGCGCUGACGAGUACAGCGGGUUCGGCCUUGGCGCGACUCAUCGACUGGACGAAUGACAGCAAAAGUCAAGACGUGAGGAGGCACGCUCAGUGCACUGUGAUUGCCUUGUAUAAUUUGAAUCCCGCGCAAGUUACCCUGAUCCUCUCGGAAUUACCAAAAUACUACCAGGAAGCUGCGUUGCCACUGGUGCAAAAUCACUUGAGAAGAUCUACGGGAACGAGUCAUCCGUCAUCGCCGAGCACUCCUCCACCUCGCGUUCCUCAUUCGCCCGCGAGAAGAUUGAAAGCAGAUGUGAAAAGCGAGGUCGAUUCAGGCGACGAUCACUUAAACCCAGAAGAAGUUUACAAAUCUUUAAGGAGGACAACGGCGGAAAUUCAGAAUUAUGGUUUCGAAAGAUUGGAAAGAGCGACGACGAGUAAAGACAGUGGAAUAAGUAACAUGGCGGAUGUGGAGGAGAGAAUCGAGUCGCUCACCUUGACGAAUUCGGGCCGAUCGUCGUCCGUUUCUUCGCCAACUCAGAGAGGUAAAGCCGUGACAAAUUCCACUGUCAAUGGAACGAACGACGGAUCAGAGGCGGAUGUUUUGAUUCCACAGGAGAACAAUGGCUUUAAAACACACGGUUCGUCACCGGAUUCGUUGCGUGGUCCCGAUGUAGUUGAUAAUGUAAUAAAGUCAUUGCAGGCACCGGAAACCGAGGAACAGGAGAAAAUAACAACUCUCCAGGAGUUUCAACUGUAUCUUCAUGACGGUGAUAUUUCCUACGUUAAGCAAAACUUCAAGAAAUUAUUAAAAUGCCUUCUGGAGAAUUUAAGCAGUGAACAGGUGAAAUUCGUACUGGAAAUAUUAAAGACCCUGACGGAAAUGGUCAAGUGCAUGGAACUCGUCGAGAUUUUCACGAGCUACGCGGAUCUUCUUGUACUGAAAGUGAUAAAUGCCCACAAAUUCGACGAGCCAAAUGAGGAGGCUUAUAAAUUGACAGUAAAUAGAAUAGAGAUUCUUCGAAUAGCGGAAAAAUGUGCGGCAACGAUAGCGACAAUUUUGCCAGCCGACAGGAUAAUUAACUUAACGUCGUCAAUUAUAACCACCGAGGAAUAUCCGAGAAAUAUGGGAGCGAUUAAGAUGCUUCAAAAGGUUGUCGAACAUCAUGGACGACAAGUCAUCGAACCUUUUCUCGAUCAAGUCAUGCCCAGUCUAAUUCAGGCUUACGACCAUCGAGAGAGCAAAGUGCGAAAGAGCGCCGUGUUCUGCAUGGUGGCGAUACACGAGGCCGUCGGCGAGGACAAGUUGAAACCACAUUUAAGCUCACUUUACGGGAGCAAACUAAAACUGUUGACUAUUUACAUUCAACGUGCACAGCAAGCAAAUAGUCAACCCGCAAGUCCACGGAGUAGCAGUAAAAAUUAACUAGUGUCGAAUGCUGCGUCGCUCAGGAUCGCUAUCCUCAAGAAAUUUGCGCGCUGUUCACGUUUUUUUAAAUAAUAUAUAAUUAAUAAAAAAGAAAAACAGAGAGAAAGAGAGAGAAAGAGAGAGUGAGAUAAAAUCAAGUUGACGUGUAUAUAUAUUUUUCUUAUUAUUUUUUCUCUUCAUUUUUAUACGUAUUAUCCAGCAGAAAAGAAAAAAGAAAAAAGAAAACAAAAAGAAAAUCAGGACAAAAUAAUAUGAAACACGACAUCCAUUUUUCAAUUCCUCUUUUUUGUUACCUUGUGUCGUUAAAAUGAAUUAAUUAUUAUUACUAUAAUUAUUAAUAUUAAUUAGGAAUAAUUAAAAUUAAUAUUAUUUUUAUUAUCAUUAAUAUUAUUAUUGUCCAACGAGAAACGUAGAGAGCCUUUUCAAAUGCUAAUUAUUUAAACAAAGUUUAAUACGUACAUCGUGCUACUAUAUUAUUAUUAUUAUUAUUAUUAUAAUUAUAUUAAUGUAUCUAUUGUUAUUCUAUUACUAAUAAAGUGCAAGAGGAUUCUUUCA